CAUACUUGUGACCUCCCUGCGUUAAUAUACAACCUAGCCGGGAGGAUCUUUGCAGCCACUUUCUUUUACAACCGAGGAGGCAUAGCUGCUCACUGAGACAUGUGUCUAAGAGGUGCCGAGACAUUUUUGAGCACAUUCACUUAUCUGAGAUGUGAAUGCACCGUUGUCAUUUAGAGGACACCUCCACCUUGUACCGAAGAAGCAACGUACAGAACAAUUCAGCAGUCAUGGACAUAAAGAAACAGCUGUUGUCCUUUGCCCGCAUGUUCUUACCUUCUGUGGGAUUUGUGUUCACGUGCAUCGGAGCCUACCUGGUGUCCCAGCAGAACAAGCCAGGGUUCGAUCACAGGAUGGUCCCUGUUUACAUCAUGAUCGUCUUCGGCUUCCUGGCCAUGCUCAUCGGGGUGUUCUGGAGCCUCUGCCACCUCAUGAGGAGCAAGAUGUACCACAGAAGAAGACACGACAGUGACAUCCAGAUCUUCACAGUUGAAAGGCCGAACUCCUUUCCUCCUCCGUACGAAGAGACCCAGUGUCCCUUCCACGUCAGCCCGGGCAGCAUGCAUGAGGAGGUUGUAUCAGUCGAUGGAGUUCCCGUGGUUUUGGAUGUUGCACCUCCACUCUACACCCAGGACAGUUCAGAGAGUCCAGACUGCAGGUGGAGCUGGGAGCCACCACCUCGAUACAGUCAGGUGGUCCAUACUGAACACAAUUAGAAGGAUGCAUGUGAAGAGAUGCUGCUUCCAACACCAACGGAGAAAUGGGUUUUUAAUCUACUCCCUAAGAGCGAGGACCACCAACUAGGAGAAGGUUCCCUAAAAAACGAUGGACAUCACUAAAUUUGUGACUUUGCUUUACUGCAAAAUGACAUCAGCUGCUGUGUCAACACCCAAUCUGCACUGUCUCAGUGGACACGGUUUUCUGGGACUUUACUGGGUGAAAACUUGUUGCGUUGGAACUGAAAUGUGUGUUUAAGUUACUUGAAUGAUUUUGCUUCUGGAUCAAAAAGCUGUUUUAGCUUUUUAGCACUCCGUCUUGGUUGUGUAACAAGCAAGUCGGAGAACUGAAUAACACCUCUGUUAUAUGUUUUACAGAGUUAUAUACUUUGUUUUACAGAGUAUAAGAUCAUAACAUUUCUGAAAGACGUUGCACCCUGUCGUAUUGCUUGUGUAAUAAUGUAUGUAAUGUAAAGGCUCAAUAUUGUCAACAUUUCUAUAUUUAUUCUCAGAUUUUUAUGUUGCAACACAUUA